AUGGUUCUCCGAAUCGUCGCUUUACUCGCUUCUCUGACUGUCCUCUGUCAUUCUGAAAUAAGCCAUCCUACUUCCGAUAAAAUCUACGGAAAGUACAUCGAACUCUCGAUGAACUUGACUAUUCUUCUUAAAGAUACCAAUAUUGAUGAAGCGAAAAUUCAUGAGCUUUCUAAGGACAUGGUGUCAAAUGAUGGAAAUGAAGAUAAAAUCCAAAAAAUUUUGGAUAAGUUCAUGGCUAGUCUACCAGAAGAUCAGCAGAAAGACUUCGGAAGAUUGUAUCUUGAUAAAGAAAAACUCGACUACAUCACUCGUAAGGUUCACCGUGUUCUUGGCUAUUACCUGACUCGACACCAAAUCCAGCGGCUGAGAGAUGUAUUGGAUACGAAAUUCAAGCAGGGAGCAACUAGACCGGAAUUGGUUGAAGCUAUGGUUGAAGAGUUAACAAAGGAUGUGAAAAGAGAGAAAGCUGUGAAAGCAAUUGAACUGACUAUGAAAGAUUUGAAGAUGUUCAACAAAAAGAAUCCAGGACUAAUCGAAAAAGUUGAGGUGUUGUUCGGGCACGCGUUGGUUCAUGACGAAAUGUGA